AUGGCCAUGGCUUCGGGCGCUCAGCUCUACCAGGAAUGCUGGGAAUCAUGGCCGGGCACAGCGAGAUGGUGCAUGAGAUUUGCUCUCGCGCAGAUUUGGAGCUCUGUGGCUGGUCACCUGUUCUUUGUGACGGGCCCACGCUUCAUCAGUGACUCAACCAACAAGGACGAGAUUGAGCUCUUCCAAAUGACACGCUUGGUGCUCGCCAUACCGCUAGGACUCCUUGCCAUGUUCCACCUUGUGGAGAAUGCGAAGCCCCAGCCACGAUUGCGGGCGUUAAUCAUGGCCCGCGUGUCGAUGUUUGAAUUUUGCGUUAAGAUUACGUAUUACUCGAUGAUGGCCACUGGUCGUGAAUGGGCUUGGCAAAACAUGCGUUGCUAUGAUGUGCGGCCCAUCUAUUUGACACGCUGGCUUGGUUGGACCUUUGCCAUCCCCACUCUGCUGGUCAUGAACUAUUAUCCAAUUCUGGAUGAUCGUUCCUUUAGCGAGGGUGUGCGCCGCAUCUUCCCACAGAUGGCAGCAACAGCAGCAUAUUGCUGGGCUUGCUACAUGGGCUGCGUGAUCACAGAUGCUUGGUAUGGAUGGUAUCUGAACACGUUGGGAUGCGUGGCGUAUGUUGCUGUGGUUGUGGACACAGUGUGCCUGACAGCAGAGCGCAUUUUGUACACGGACCAGCCCAUCCUAAAGGGCUACAGCAUCAUCGUGAAGGAGUGCGUGUUUGUCAUCUACACUUGCGUCUGGCUGCUCGGGAACUGGGGCUACACCAGCUCCUACUCUGUCCAGCGGUUCUAUUCCGUCUCAGAUGUCAGUCUCAAAAGUACGAUGUGCGUCUUGAUGUUUUUCUUCUGGUCCAUGGAGGAAGAGAAGAAGGAGGACUCAGACCAAGAGAAGGACAAGACAAGCUGA